GGGAAAACCCUGAGGCUUAUGUAACGAGUGUAACAGAUAAAAAGUGCAGAUGCACAGCCCCUAUCCAUCAGUCAACGAGCUGCACUGGAGCUGCUGUGAAGCCAUAAACCCGAAGAACACGCAGAGAUGUCCGCAUGUGAGUUUGAAUCGCUGGAGAAAUCUCUGGAGUCCCACGUGCCAGAGGUCGAGCUGUCAGAAGUGAAACGCAUUUUAUUCGGAAAGGAAACACAGAAGUUGGACCUGCCUGCAUGUGCUGUGAGUGCUGCCGCUGAGCGUGACUUUGAGCUGAAGGGUUACAGGUUUGAAGCUGCACAGGAACAACUGAGGCCACCAAGAAGGAUCCGUGUGGGACUCAUUCAGAACCACGUAGUUCUGCCCACUGAUGCUCCCAUCCUGGACCAGGUCAAUGCCAUCCAUAGCCGGAUUGGUGAAAUGGUUGAAGUGGCAGCCAUGUGCGGUGUAAACAUUGUCUGCUUUCAGGAGACCUGGACCAUGCCCUUUGCUUUCUGCACCCGUGAGAAAGAACCAUGGACGGAGUUUGCAGAGUCUGCUGAAGAAGGAAACACCACACGCUUCUGCCAAGAGCUGGCUAAAAAAUACAACAUGAUAGUUGUUUCUCCAAUUCUGGAGAGAGAGGGGCUGCACAGCACUCUGUGGAACACAGCAGUUGUGAUCUCCAACUCUGGAAAUGUGCUGGGAAAGAGCAGGAAGAACCAUAUUCCCAGGAUCGGAGACUUUAAUGAGUCUACAUAUUAUAUGGAGGGCGACACUGGCCACACAGUGUUCCAGACACAGUUUGGGAACAUUGCUGUUAAUAUCUGCUACGGGCGCCAUCACCCUCUCAACUGGUUCAUGUACAGUAUGAAUGGAGCGGAGAUCAUCUUUAACCCAUCAGCUACUGUUGGAGCUCUCAGUGAGCCUAUGUGGUCCAUUGAGGCCAGGAAUGCAGCAAUAGCUAACCACUGUUUCACUUGUGCAAUCAACCGUGUUGGGACGGAGCAUUUCAAAAGUGAAUUCACAUCUGGUGAUGGAAGAAAAGCUCACCAUGACUUUGGACACUUCUAUGGAUCCAGUUAUGUGGCUGCUCCUGAUGGCAGCCGCACCCCGGGGCUCUCCAGGACCCGUGACGGACUCCUGGUGGUAGAAUUGGAUCUCAACCUGAACAGACAAAUCAGCGACAAAUGGAGUUUUAAGAUGACUGGGCGAUAUUCUGAGUAUGCAGAGGAACUUACCAAGGCUGUCAGACAUGACUUCAAACCCAACAUAGUGAAGGAGUAGAUGAUGUUCUACUAUAGUAGAUUUAAGUUUGAAACAAACCAAGUUAAGUUCUUUUCUUUUUCCCUAAAGUUGGGGAUUUUUUUAUUAGGAAUAACCCCUUGAGAUAUAGCAUGUCUUUUUUGAGGGGGUCCAUUUUCUUCUGCAUAAUUUGUCUAUAUUUGUUUGUAUGUCACAUUGUUGGCAUUUUCUUGGUUCCAUCCCUUUAUGGCAGAACACUACAUUCAAAGUCAAACCAGUGUUCUUUAUAAGUGGAUACCUAACUAUUCUUGAUUUCAUUGUUGAUCAUUUAACACAAGCCUGGCUUUUUCAGUUGUCUAAAACUGUACAUGGAGCUGUAGACAGAUCAACAAGUCCUUAAAGCGAGACCAUGUAACUGUUGCUGAACAGUGGCCGUUGCAGCCACAAGUGCCAAUUAUGGAUUAAGGCUAAAUGCUAAAACUGUUUUGUAACUGUAGCAUAAAGUUGGGAAAGUUCACAAAGUCAGUGAGUUACACAUUAAUAUAUAUCUUAAGUUUGCUAACAUUAACUAUAGUUAGCCACUGUCUGUAAGCCAAAGGUCUAACUAGACCAAGUAAGGCUGUAGUAGCUGAGUGCAUUGAAUUGAACAAGGGUUUGUUUUAUUGCAAAUGAAUUUAACUUUUAAUCAGUACAACAAAAAAUGACUUGUCUUAAAAAAAAAUUAAAAAAAAACUUGAUAACAAUAUACAUCACGAUAUAUGAAAUAACCACAUGUUAAAGCCUAUUUUUGUAUAGUCCUGUAUGAAUUAAAUACUUCAUACUAAGAAUGAAAAGUACUAAGAAUUUAGUAAUUUUAUUGAGAACUUUAGUGCAAAAUGAACAUAACGCGCAAGGAUCAGAGCAUAGUGUGUAAAUGUUGCUGUAACACAAUUGGGCUGCGGGUUUUUCUGCGACACUGCGAUAGAAAUGAUACAGAAAAAAUAUAUAAGAUAGACAUAUUUAUAUCGUUUAGCCGAUAUAGUGUACAUCGUCCAGCCCUAGUCUCGCUUUAAGGUCAAAAAAAAAAAUUUCAUAAUUUUUUUUGGGGCUUUUCCGCAUUUAAUUGAUAGGACAGCUGAGAAAGGGGAGAGAGAGGGGGAAGACAUGCAGGAAAUUGUCACUGCAUCAAGGCAUAAAAUUCUAAGUAUACGUGUGCCUGUUCUACCCACUGAGCCAACCCGGCCACAAUCUGCAUAACUUUUAAAGACUAUAUAAGAUGGAUCCAACUAAUUUUCAUUAGAGGCACCAAUAGAAAUUUGUCAUAAUCAUUAAA